GUGGGGGAGCGAGGCGGAGCGCUGGGGUGGCCGGGGCUGUCGCGGUGACCCUCGGGGGAAGGCUCCAGGCAGAGGGCGGCGGCGCCAUGGCCCGGAGCUGGCGGUGGCUGCAGGGGCUGGUCCUCACCUGGCUCCCCAUAGGCUGCCUCUCCCUGCUUGUGAUAGUGCAGGAUAUUGAGCGAUACACCACCUUAUUUGCUUCUGUGAUCCUCAAGUGUGACUACAGCACUUCAGCACAACUGCAGGAUGUAGUGGUGACAUGGCGCUUCAAAUCCUUCUGCAAGGACCCCAUCUUUGACUACUACUCUGCCUCCUACCAGGCUGGGUUAGCUCUUGGCCAGGACCCAUCCAAUGACUGUAAUGACAACCAGCGGGUGGUGCGCAUCGUCAUUCAGAGACGUGGACAGAACGAGCCUGUGCUAGGCAUAGAGUACAGACAGCGCAAGAUCACCAUCCAGAACCGGGCAGACCUUGUGAUCAAUGAGGUGAUGUGGUGGGACCAUGGAGUCUACUACUGUGCUGUUGAGUCUCCAGGAGACACUGCAGGCGACCCAGACAAAGAGGUUAAGCUCGUUGUUCUGCAUUGGCUCACGGUGAUCUUCAUCGUUCUUGGUGCUCUCCUCCUCCUCAUACUGAUCGGGGUGUGCUGGUGCCAGUGCUGCCCCCAACACUGCUGCUGCCAUGUCCGCUGUGCCUGCUGCCCAACCCGCUGCUGCUGCAAUGAGGAAGCCCUGGAACGACAUCGGUUCAUGAAGCAGGCUCGGACACUUAUGCCAUGGAUGACACACCAUCCGUUCUACGUGGGAGGUGACAGGAACUCCCAACUCUCUUCUUACCAACUGAACCCAUUGCUGCAAAAAGAUGUCUCUCUGCAGAGCAGCCUCCCACUGGUGCAUUCACAGGGCCAGCUGCCCCCCAAAAACAACAUCCUGGACUAUCUGGAGUCUGAGAUCCAGAACCUCAACCUAUCCCAGCCCCUGCUACCCUCCCACCACUUUGGGGCCAACCAGCAUCCCAGCGUGCUCUCCUCCCUGAGCUCGGAGGUUGUGGAGCGCAGGGUAAUCCAGCUGCCUCCCAUCACUGAGCUCAUCCCAUCCUCGCAGAGGAGCAGUAACUUAUCACACCUGCAGCGAGCUGGCCAUGCCGCAGGACCCUGGGGCUCCACAAUAGAGGAUGAGAGGGAGGACUGGAGAAGACGCCAGCCCUUGGAUGGAGAUUCUCACUCCAGCUUCGAUCGGGAAUCCUGGGACAAGGGACGAGACCAGCCGCCUCAGAGGCAGGGGGAGGGCAGCUAUGACGGCAGGCACCGGAGUUCCAGGCGGGAUGUUUCGCCCAUGCGCCGGCCAGACCGCGGUAGGUAUGGUGACAUCUUCUACCCUCAGGAGGCUAGGGAGCGCUCGGGCCGCCGCUUUGACCCCAGGGAACAGCCUUUGGAGAGGCAAAAGUAUCAACGCUCCAAUAGAAAGGGCAGCAGUUCGGAGCAGCGGGAGCGCCAGCAUCGCAGCUACUCUCCUCCGGCACGGCGAGAGUCGUGGAGCUCGGCAGAAGAGCUUGAUCGCUUCCAGGGGAACAAUAGGCAACGCCACCGUCGCUCCCCAGGCUGGCCAGAAGACAAGCCGCCCAGUUACCGCUCACUGGAAAUCAUCCCAGCCAAGGACAGCAGACACAGAAGCAGCGUGGGACAGCAGUCGGAAAAAGGAAGUUCCCGCAGUGGGAAAAGCAUGGUCAUUUAACACCAUGGUGGAAGGACCGAAACUCCCAGUGGUUCUGCUUUGGGGCUCCCUUUUGCCCUCCCAGUGUGUAAUUUGGGACGGCUAUUUCUGACUGAACAGGAGACCUGGAACAACUGGAUAAAAUAAAAUGUAGUGGAGACCAGUGAUGAAUCUGUGCGAAGGGGGCCAGGAGUUCAGUGGCUUUAUAACAUCUGAAAACCUUCUUAUUCCUUCCUUACUCUAGAGACUUUGGUUUCAAACAGACCCUGGUUGUGGAACAUGGUCCCUUUGAGAGUAGAGCUUCUGGUGGCACUGAACAAUAGUAUGUCCUCCCUCUCUGACUUCGAAUAUCUCCAAAUGUUGUGCAUGUGGCCCUGAGAUUCAGCACCAAACAUUAGAGUGUUCACUGUGACUAACAAGUGGUUGUUUCCUUUUGCCUCAGUGAGUUUCUGUCGUACAGCCCUAGAUGAAACCAUCAAGCAAACAAUACUGUGCAGUAAAGGAAGUGUCAGAAUGCUACAUGCACACGCAGAUCUACAUGCACUCUCUACAAGAGCGCACAGCAACUUCUGUGCUUGGAAAAACGCCUCAAAAUUGCCAAUGCUUCCAGUUUAUAUUGACACAUACCUUAAUAAGGACAUGGAGAGGCUCUGCCUGGCCAUUUGACCCAGACUCUAGUGUAUUCAUGAGUUCAAAGUACUAAUCUACAAGGUUCUGUUAUCAUAGGUUGAUGCUGUUUUCGGGGGCUGAGCUAUGGGUAACUGCCAUCUUGGCAACAGUGGGCCUGAUUUUCAAAGUUAUCAAGCUCAUGUUCGUUUUAAGUCAAUGGGAGCUUGGUGAUACCCUAUCACCUCCAAAAAUGAUGACCUCUGUAGGUAUUUUUUUUAAGGAAUCAGCCCUUUCCCGAACAUCUCACGUGCUCUGCUUUCCUUCUUGGCCUCUGUCCUCCUGAGGUGCUUAUGGGGAAAAUGGGCUCUAGAAGACAAAUCUUGUCCCUUGCUUUGCUAUUGCCCUCCUAACAUGCUAUUAGGGAGCUGAUCUUUACCCUGAACAUUGCAUUUUUCCUAAACUUGUUGCUCAACAGAUCUGUGGUUUGGUUACUAUUGGAUUAAGGUGCCUGCCUAUAAAUUACCCUGUAACUAAAAGCAAAGAGAGAAUUUCCUUUGGAAACCAAUUGCAAUAGGCAGAAUAGCAGGUCAGUCUGUUUUUUCUUGGCUGUGUUGCAAAGACGAGACAAAAGAAUCCUUUUCUCUGGAUGUUGAGAUAAGAGCCUUCUGAUCACCAUGGUAAAGCUGCUUUCUAAAGGCACUUUGUGAACUGCUGACAGUAGGGUUCAGCUCUUUGUGUGGAGCUUUGGGAAUGGCUUGUAUAUUAUUUUGUAAUUCGCAACACCUAAAGGUUGGUCAAGACCUAUUCUUACUUCAUCCAGUCCAUUUCCCAGCUGGCACAGGAUUGCUCUCUACAGGACAUUUUAAAAUUAAAACUGUCAGUGGAGUGCCUGCCAUUUCCUUUGGGAAACUAGCUUACAGGAGUGAUUUUGAAAAUGACCCUUUCUUGCACUCUUGUGGGGAACCUCUCUCUGGAAUUCAUAUAAAGUGCUUUUUCUCCCUCCCUGGGGCUGUGUGUAGGCCAGAUAAAAGAACUCCUGGAUAGCACUGGUGCAAGUAUCAAUGGAUCAGUGUGGUGUUGCCACACUAGGUGUGUUCUUUGUGUUUGUGGUUUUUCCCUUUGCUCACACUUCGGCAGUACUACAACAUCAUGGUAGCAGUGCUUUCUCUGGGUGUACUGUCCCACAGUUCCCAGCUCUGCUGCCUGAAGCAGUGGCUGCGAGUGGAUUCUGAAAGGCUGUCUGGUAACCUACGGCCACUGUGAAAGGAGUCAAAUUCCCACAAUUCCCUGGGAACUAGUGCCAUUUCUUAGUUCUUCUCUCAAACUGAGGGCGAAGGAUGAACAUCCAGCUCCCUCUUAUUGUUCUAUAAGAGGUUUUUUUUUCUGGAUUAUCCUGAAAGAGUUGGAGACCAAUGCCAACAGCUGAUGGAACAUCUUAUGUAAUCACCAUCAUCUUGGCUAGCACAGCAGGGAUUGAAACAGGGACUAUUAGAGCUAAAAGCUUGAGAUCAAGAACCAGGCUGUACUGCAGGAGACUAACAAACUCACCUCUUCUCUGGAUUGGGGGAUGUAUCACUUGUAUGGACAACUACGUCACCCGUGCCCCACACCUGGAAUAGCUGGCUCCAUACAGAACUUGAGGAUGAUGCUCCCAGGUCUCGUAUUGCGUCUGGGUCUGUUCCAUGGCUGCACAUCUGUGGAAUCAAGUUCAUCUGGAGACCUGUGAGGGACACGGCAGGGACUGCCUAAUUUUAUGUUGGAGAAGAAUUUUCUGUAUUUCCAUUGUGAGCCAGCCCUGACAUUGCAGCAACCAGAAUGUAAGGAUGAGGGCUCCAUUCCCCAUGGAAAAGAGAGACAAUUGCUCUGUGGAAUCCGGCUCCCUUGGAUGGAUCUGUGAACAUUUUUAUUUAAAGAUGAGAUUUUAAUGAUAUGUUGGUGGUAGUGGUACUUGUGUAAUUCUGAUGGUUUUAAUACAUUUCUCUCUGUGUGUGGUUGGCUAAUGAUUUUGUAUUAGUUAUGAAGAGUUGGCGGACAACUGAAUUGAUAUUAAAGAAUAGCAUUGUUGCCCCUUC